AGUGUUCAGCAAAAUGGUCUUCCAGUCUGUGUGUUUGGUCUUCCCAAAUUACAGGCGAGUCCAAAUUGUGCUGGGUAUUGUAUUACUCUGUGAUGUUAAUUCUCUGAUGAUCCCUUCUCGCAGAGGUAGUGGCACCAUUGACUAUGAAAGGUUUCAAGUGAUGACGGGGAGGCAGAUGAGAGAAGAAGUGAAAGGAAAGUCUGACAAAGACAUCGCAGAAUUCUUUCGUGUAAUUGAUGGCCAUGCUGACGGUUUCAUCGAUUGUUCUGAGCUGCAUAUUGCCAUCAUGGUUGCUGGGGAGCGUGUUGUAGAGGAGGAAGCACAUGAACUCAUCAGGGAGUGGGACAAGAACAGUGAUGGCAAACAUGACUUUGAUGAAUGGUCGAAGUUGUUGAAGAAUGUCCAGUAAAACAGCCAACAUCCCUCAGCAACCCACUGUGAUACAACAAUUUCAUGACCUGUGUGUCGUCACCCUUCUCCGAAUCACUGCCGAGACAUCUGAAAUACACACAAUGAUUGCAAAGAAUUCAAAAUCUGAUUGACAGGACUGGAGGUACAUAUAUAGCAAAGAGCUUCAUAGCUGCUGUAGUUCUCUCUUUGUGAGGAAGAAGCAAUCGCAUAUGUAUGAAACGCUCAGUGAUUUUUCUCUCAGCCUGGAACGCUGCACAAUUUAUUCAAAACCAUUUCCUAAUAA